CUCUGUAAAUUAAUGGAUUACAUAAUCACUUGGUCGAAAAGAAAUUUGGAUUGUUCUUGAUUCAACGGCGCUGAUUGUGCUUUUAUUCGUAUAACUUGGCUUCGAGUUUUUCAUACAGUUGAUUUUCUUUGUUGCCGAUGUCAUUUUCAGGUUACUUUGGGUAAAAGUUGAAUUUGAAGAAGUAAAGGAAACUUCGAAGAUCUUGUUUGACUGUUCCGUGGCGGCAGAUUGUCAAAUGCGCUGUUAAAUUGCAUUUCUGCACGCUGUAUUACGCGGUUCUCGUCGGUGUCGAUGAAUCUGCAUUUUAGGUCUCGAAUUUCGCACGGAUGUCGGUUUGUUUUGGUUCGAUAAUAGCUGGAGCAUGAAAAAGCGAAAUCACGUUUCGAUUUCGGUACGUAAAAAUUGUUUAGUUUCGGGAAUCCAUUUUUUUCCCCUAUAAAACCCCGAUUGAAUUCGAUUUAGAAUCAAACUGUUUAAAUCCGGAAGCUCGAAUUCUGGUUGUGCAAGUUCGAAAGAAGAAAAUGGUUGAUACUAUCGACGGAAAUAGCCAUACAAAUGGCUCAAUUCAGGAGGAGAAGCUUGACGAUCUUCGUCGUCAAUUUGGAAAAGCCGAUGGGGAUCCACUGAGGAUCGUCGGCGUUGGAGCUGGUGCUUGGGGCAGUGUCUUCAUUGCCAUGCUGCAAGAGAGUUAUGGUCAUUUGAGAGAGAAAGUUCAGAUAAGGAUUUGGAGAAGACAUGGACGAACAGUGGAUAAAGAAACUGCAGAGCAUUUAUUUGAAGUGAUAAAUUCAAGGGAAGAUGUGUUGAGAAGAUUGAUUAGGCGAUGUGCAUAUUUGAAAUAUGUGGAAGCGAGAUUAGGUGACAGAACUCUGUAUGCAGAUGAGAUAUUGAAAGAUGGGUUCUGCUUGAAUAUGAUUGAUACGCCUCUUUGCCCUUUGAAGGUUGUCAACAAUUUGCAGGAGGCUGUGUGGGAUGCUGACAUUGUGGUGAAUGGCUUGCCUUCGACCGACACCCGUCAAGUGUUCGACGAAAUGCGUAGGUAUUGGAAAGAGAGAUUAACGAUGCCUGUUAUCAUUUCUUUAUCAAAGGGUGUGGAGGCUGAGUUGGACCCUCAACCACGGAUAAUAACUCCUACUCAGAUGAUUAACAGCGCAACUGGAGUUCCAUCGGAGAACAUUCUUUAUCUUGGUGGACCAAAUAUUGCCUCGGAGAUUUACAAUAGGGAGUAUGCCAAUGCUCGAAUUUGUGGAGCUGAAAAGUGGAGAAAACCCCUGGCAAAGUUUUUGAGGCAACCCCAUUUCAUUGUGUGGGACAAUGGCGACCUUGUUACCCAUGAAGUAAUGGGCGGAUUAAAGAAUGUCUAUGCCAUUGGAGCCGGAAUGGUGGCAGCUUUAACAAAAGAGAGUGCCACCAGCAAAGCUGUAUACUUUGCACACUGCACUUCGGAAAUGAUAUUUAUUACUCAUCUAUUGACUGAAGAACCAGAGAAGUUGGCGGGACCUUUACUGGCUGACACUUAUGUUACUCUAUUGAAAGGCCGUAAUGCGUGGUAUGGGCAAAAAUUAGCUGAAGGAAAGCUGAGCCUCGAAAUGGGUGAUAGCAUCAAAGGCAAGGGUAUGAUUCAGGGGGUUUCUGCGGUGAAAGCAUUUUAUGAAUUGCUCAGUCAGUCCAGCUCGAGUGUUCUACACCGUGAAGAUGAAAAGCCUGUUGCUCCAGUUAAGCUUUGCCCAAUUCUAAAGAUGCUCUACGGUAUACUAAUAACAAGGGAGUUUUCAGCAGAGGCCAUUCUCCAAGCCCUGAGGGACGAAACGAUAACCGAUCCUCGAGAUCGUAUCAAGAUUGCACAAACUCAUGUUUUCUAUAAGCCAUCGCUUCUCGGACAGCAACUUUAACAGCAAUGGUCUUGAGCAACCUCUUCCUUCUUUUGUGUAGUCUUGUUCAUGUUCACUUGGAAUGUAGACCUUUAAGGAGAGAGCAUUUUUUGUUGGGUAUAUUUUCUUUGUAAGAGAAUUUUUGUAGCGUAUAAGGUUUGGUUUUCCCUUUUUGCAUAGGGUAUUGAAGAUUGAAAAUUGCCGGAGAUAAUGAUGGAGAGAAUAUACCUUAACUAUUUGAAAUAUGCUCGAGUUAACUUUCA